AUGGACGACAAAUCCGCCCGGGCGGCCGCCAACGCCCCCGAGGUAGCAGCCUGGGAACAUACUCCCUACCAAGGAAUCGAACGAGCUCCCUCUCCGCAACGACCACCACAACAUAUACUACACCCAGAAGGGCAACCAGGCCUGGAACCCGCUCCCCAUUCCACCCUCGAACUCAGUCCACACCAAAUCUCAGACCACGACAAACUUUCUUCAUAUGGCCCAACAUCCACCACCUUGUCUAGCGGGACCUCACCGUACUCUCCUACGUACGUCCUCCCUCAACCAUAUGGAUAUUCGCAACAACAUGGGAACAUUGGGUCGGUGCAUGUGCCUGGAGGGACUAGCACGCUUGCGGAUUCGAGCGCAGCAGCUGAGGAGAUAAAUGACAAGGAGGCUGGUAAUGGUAAUGGUAAUGGUAAUGGCGAUGGGGAUGAUGGGAAAAACGGCAAAAGUAAGCGGUACUGUUUUGGUUUGGGGACCAAGAGACAGGUGGCUUGGUCGUUGUUGGCGAUUGGGAUUUUUCUGAUUGUGGUUGGUGUCGCGGUGGGUGUAGGUGUGGGUGUCAGUUCUGGGAAUAAGAAGGAUGGGAAUAGGAAUAGUCCCUCAACACCAACCCCAACAUCCUCCUCAACCGCCCACCCCUCCUGGACACACACAGCCAACCUCCCCCCGCCCACCGCCUACGCCACCAUCACUCCCUCAACAUCCAUCAUCUGCCCCUCCAACAACCUAACCCUUUACACGCCCUCGAACGGGACGACCCUCACCUCCUCCAGCCGCGGAAAGGGUUAUCUGUUGAUCUGCGGCCGAGACUACAGCUCGCUGGCGGGAGCCGAGGAGAUCACGAACCGGCAGGCCGACUCGAUCGAGACGUGUAUCGACCGGUGCGCUGAGGUGGACAACUGUAUCGGGGCCGGGUGGGGGAAUUACGAGGGGAAGCAGAUUUGUUGGCUGAAGAGUCGGUUGGGAAACCCCGGUUGGACGCCCGACUGGUAUAUGGCGGUUAGGGAGGAUGCGGUGCUGCAUGAUGGGAGUGAGGGGGGGUUGGGUGGGGAUACGGAGAGUGGGUGA